GCCUGGUUGGUCCAUGCGGCGCCUGCGCAGUACGGUGUUUGUGUAUUCUGGCUGCGCGGCGGCGGCGGCGGCGGCGUCGUCUCCGGGGGAGGGGAGGGCCAAGAUGGCGGCGUCCUCGCUGGAGCAGAAGCUGUCCCGCUUGGAAGCCAAGCUGAAGCAGGAGAACAGGGAGGCCCGGAGGCGCAUCGACCUCAACCUGGAGAUCAGCCCGGCCCGGGCUCGGCCGAUUAUUGUGAUCACUCUAAGCCCUGCUCCUGCUCCAUCCCAACGUGCAGCACUGCAGCUUCCUUCCAAUGAUGGCAGCAGCCGCUCCUCCUCUUUGGAAAAUUCACCCCAGCACACUCAUCCAUCACGCCCCCGAAAUAUGCUGGGCUUGCCUCCUCAGCCACCAUUUCUCAUGCACAGAAGCAUGGGAGACGAUACCAAGCGAGAAAUCAAUGAUUUAGAAAAUCUGGGUGAGAUAGGAAGUGGAACUUGUGGACAGGUGUGGAAAAUGCGUUUCAAGAAGACAGCCCUCAUAGCUGUAAAGCAAAUGCGUCGUUCGGGUAACAAAGAAGAGAACAAGAGGAUCCUAAUGGACCUGGAUGUAGUGCUGAAGAGCCAUGACUGUCCUUACAUUGUUCAGUGCUUCGGGACUUUUAUCACAAAUACUGAUGUUUUUAUAGCCAUGGAGUUGAUGGGCACUUGUGCAGAGAAGCUGAAAAAACGCAUUCAGGGACCUAUUCCUGAGAGGAUCUUGGGAAAAAUGACUGUGGCGAUUGUCAAAGCACUCUACUAUCUGAAAGAGAAGCAUGGUGUCAUUCAUAGAGAUGUGAAGCCUUCUAAUAUCUUAUUGGAUGAGAGGGGGCAAAUCAAACUGUGUGACUUCGGGAUCAGUGGGAGACUAGUAGACUCGAAAGCCAAAACACGAAGUGCUGGUUGUGCAGCAUAUAUGGCGCCUGAGAGAAUAGACCCCCCUGAUCCCUCAAAACCAGACUAUGAUAUCCGUGCAGAUGUGUGGAGCCUGGGCAUCUCUCUGGUUGAGCUGGCUACAGGGCAGUUUCCUUACAAGAACUGCAAAACAGAUUUUGAGGUCCUCACCAAGGUUUUGCAGGAAGAUCCUCCUCUUCUCCCAAACAAUAUGGGUUUUUCUGUUGAUUUCCAGUCAUUUGUGAAAGACUGCCUUACUAAAGAUCACAGGAAGAGACCAAAGUACAACAAGCUACUUGAACACAACUUCAUCAAACGUUAUGAGACACUGGAAGUGGAUGUGGCUUCCUGGUUUAAAGAUGUCAUGGCGAAGACAGAAUCUCCCCGCACGAGCAGCAUUCUCAGCCAACACCACCUGCCAUUCUUUACCAGGUAGCCAGGUAUCGUGGCUGUUGUGCCAAGGGAAGGGCCCCUUGGCAGCCAGAGAGCUCAUGAGGUGGGGCAAGAGAGAGCACCACAGCAGGCAUCUGUCUUCACAAGAGCAGCUCUUCAGUGGCAUGAAUUGUGUAUGCUUCAUCUGCUCUGUCAUCCUUGCCCAUUUCAUCUUCUCCUUCAAUAUUUCCAGGAAGAGAUGGGAUGGUUGUCUGGUCUUUCUGGAACAGUAGGUGUAUGGUGGAGGCUUUCGCAUCUUGGGCACCAGGCAGCCUAAGAAUAGAAGGUCUUUUCCAGCCUGUGCUUGUAUGUUUCAGGGGCUAAGCAUCUGCCAUCAGGAGUUGCCACCAAAUGAUGCUGUGCUCCCUGCUUGUCUCUCUUCACCACGAACGGAGGCUCAAGGACAUGCAACAGUGAUCCUUGCUCACGCACUGUGAACAGACACAAAACACAUAAAAGGAAAAAAAAGAAAGAUAUUUUUUUUACCACUUAUUUAUUAAGUUUGGACUUCUGGUGCUGUGGGCUGCCUACUGCACCCGUUCAUCAAUCCUUGUGUUAUUAUAUGUUUUGUUUUGUUUUUGUUUGUGUUUUAGGUUUGUAUUUGCUGAGGGGAAUGGGGCUUUGGUUAGAUGAAUCAGUUGCUGCUUUAGAUUCUGAGCUUAGCUAUUGCUGUUGUCUUGGUUUCUUUUUUAUUAUUAUUAAAGUUGGGAGGAUAGGAAAGGGAAGGUUUGAAGAUUAUUCUCACCCAAGAGUAGCUCAGUUAGAGUGAUUUUUUCCCAUCUUCAAUUCUUUUUGAUCUCAGGGGUUCCUGGUUUUUUUAAAGUGUGAACAAAGUUUUAUCAGUGGUGUUUUAUUUACCAAAGUGUAUAUUUGGUGCUAGGUUAAAUGCUUUUUCAUUUUCUUGCAGUAUUUUAAGAAAAGCAAAAGCAAAACUUAAAGGUAAUCCUAGCACCAAGAAAGCCAUUUAAAAAAAAAAAAAGAUUCAGCCCAAAUGAUAUGUUACUGCUGUGUCUUAGUGAUUCUUUAAAAAAAGACAAAUAGAUAGUAACAAAUUUAUAUUCUGUUGUAAGUCAUGGCCACUUACUGGGCUAGAUUUUUAACUGGUAACUUCUGUAUUUCCAGUUGAAGAAUAGUCGGUUUGCUCUUUGGAGGUCAUAAGACAGAACCUGCACUGUCUUUGCAUUCACAAAAUAUGUAGAUUUUCAGAAGUGGGAUCCUGAAAAAUUCAAAAGGUUCAAAGGAUGAAGACAGUCUGCCUCAGUCCUAUCUGAUUUACAAACAGAAUUUCUUUCCUAGUGUAUUUCACAAAUAGAAGAGAGGAGGAACAGGAUCUAGUAACCUCUAAUUCAAGGGUGCCUCUUAGGUAGACAAGCAUUCCCACAUAAAUGCAGGCUGUGGCACAGUAACCAAAGGGUUUGGCUCAUAUGAUCUUUCAUUGACACCAACAGCAUUGCAUAUGAGAGGUGGCCAGAAGCUUUGGGAAUGUGUCCAGGGAUUUUUCUUGAGUCAGUCUCCCAGUAAUAAUUUCAGUUUUUCUGGUAGUCUAGAGACAAGCAUGCAACCCUCCAGCGCUGCAUGUUAACCUGAAAGUGAGUUGUAUUCCUGCUUUCUCUUGCCUAAGAAAGGUUUGAGUAUUGUGUUCUUCCUUUAGCUAAUCCAUUCGAUUAUUUAUGUAAAUCAUGGUCCAGGCAGGAAAAAACUCUGUAUGGCAGUAGUUCAUCAUGCUGGGGCACUGCACUCUCAGAUGUUCUACUGAGAAUCAUAUUUGCAUACUAAAUGCAUAGGUCAACAUUACAGUCCCAGUUUAAAAAAAAAAAAAGAACAAAAAAUAAAAAUUAUU